GGCUCGAAGGUUCUAGUAGUGUGUUUGUUUGCAAUCGAUGUGUCUUUUUCGCGGUACAAAAUUAUAUUUCUAUACAUUUAUUGUUAUAUUUAAAGUUAGUAUCGUAUAAUAUAAUCAUUAUAAAUGUUACAAAUGUGAAAAAAAAAUGUUUGUUUGUGCUUUAAAAGUUCAAUAAAUCAGACAAAAAGCAGUGCCCUAGCCGGGUAUAUCCCGCUUAUUAGUGAUUUUUCGUGAUAUAUCAAGGAAAAUAAUCACACAAGACAAUCAUGGCUCGGGUGUACGACAACAUCGACCCCGCGUACGCAGCCACCUGCAGCGACGUCACGCUGUGCUCCAACAACAAGGGAUUCUUCAGGAAUCUAAGCGAGAAUCUGGUGGCCAUCGCUGACACUGAAUGGCUGGAACGAUUGGAGAGAAUGGAUGAAGAGAAGAGAGUGCAAGCGGUGAAGGACAAUAAGGAGAUAAUGGAAGCUAUAGGACAAGUAUUAUCAAGGAUACAACCACUGCACAGAGGAAAAGAUGCGAGGGUGUCUCAGGAGAAGUGGCAGUCCGCUAAAGCUGCAAUGGAGGCAGGAGACCUGAAGAAAGCAUUGGCUCUCGCUAGCCAGGCUAUCUUCAAAGCACCACUUCCAUGUAUCGACGAGAUAAUCGAGGGAGGAUCUUUAGCCAUGGGUCUGUGGCUCAGAUCCGAAAUCUUGCUUCGCUUAAACCGCCCCCGUGCAGCACUAGAAGACCUCAAGAUUGCGCUGAAAGAACGGCUCCCUGCCAGGAUGCGGGCGCAGUAUUACUGGCGAAUGGGCGACUGCUACAAGGGUGCUGGUGAGCCGACCAGGGCGAAGGUGUCCUACGAGCUGGCAGCACGCCUCCUGGCCACUGAUAAGGAAGCCAAAGCAAAAGUUGUGAAUGACAUCGAGACACUCGACUACUCUGUGCAGUCGAAGCAUCCUCCUGAUAAGCCUGGAAUCAAACUCGCUGGCGGUGCUAAACAAAAUAUGCCAGCUUUGUCUCAACUAGUGAAAAUCGUCGAAGAAGAGAAUAAGGGUCGAUUCGCAGUAGCCAGUGACUCAAUCAAAACCGGCGAUGUUCUAUUAGUGGACAGUCCGUAUGCAUCCUGUUUGCUGUCUGAAUGCUACGGUACUCAUUGUCUACAUUGCUUUAAGAGGCUGGAAGACUGUGAAGAUACAGCUCCUGUAGGGUGUCCAAAGUGUUCAGGAGUAGUGUUUUGCAGUAUCGAGUGUAGGGAUGCCGCUGUUUCCACUUACCAUUUGUUUGAGUGCACAUUUGUUGAUUUCUUUAUGGGUUCUGGAAUGUCAAUUUUAACUCAUAUAGCUUUAAGAAUGGUAACCCAAGCUGGUCUUGAAACUUCCUUAUUAAUACAUUCUAAAUAUAUAACAAAUCAAGUAAAAACAGUAGAAGGAGCCGCUUUAAAUGACAUAGAAGGCGUGUCAAAGAAAUCCAAAAUCAGAAGUAGGAAAGAAAGGCUGAAUAGAUCUAAGAAAGGAUUGAAGAGUUUUACAGAUAGGGUGAAAGAUGAUGAUAACAUAGAGGAAUUGGAAUAUAAAAUGGAGAGCAACAUGAAUUUGGAAGAAAAAAUGGAGCUAAAAGCUGCAGAAAUUUACUCGCUGUGUACGCAUUCACAAGAGAGGAAAGGCAAUGAUUAUUUGAAAAGAAUGAUCAUGGCUAUGUUCUUAACAGAGUGCCUCAAGAAAGCUGGAUUUUUCAAGACAUGCGAACCUGAAAAUCUAGCAAAAGCUGAAACAUCGAUCUGUGAGCUAUUAAUUCGGAAUCUUGAGCUGCUCCAAUUCAACGCACAUGAAAUAUACGAAACGCUUCGCGGGGAACACAUGUUCAGUGGCUCCAAACCUAUCUACAUUGCAGUCGCUAUUUAUCCAUCUGGAGCGCUGUUUAACCACGAAUGUUAUCCUGCUGUUGCCAGAUACUUUGAUGGGAAAAACAUAGUUCUACGGGCUACCAGGCCGCUCGCUCCUGGUGAAAUGGUAUCGGAAAAUUAUGGACCCCACUUCCUGAUGCGUGGAUUGAAAGAUCGACAACGAUCUCUAAGCUGCCGUUACUGGUUCCGUUGCGAGUGUGAAGCGUGCAAAGAAGACUGGCCUACACUUAAAGAACUCACCGAUGCUCCUCCACGUCUUAAAUGCCAUAACAUAGAAUGCACAGGCAUGUACCGCCCUUUGCCGGAAUUUAUACCCGACAAAUGUACCAAAUGUUCCAUCACCAUUGAUCCGGAAUUGGUGAAGAUUAAAUUGGGCAGUGUCACCAAGUGCUGCGAUCAAUAUAAGGAGGGUGCAACAUUGAUGGAAAGUGAGCGCCUCGACGACGCCAUCGCAGUACUGUGUGACGCUAUAGACACGUACCAUGAUAUAGCUCGUCCGCCGCACAAGGAUACCCACCUAGCACAGGAGUCGCUGAGGGCCUGCUUCGCGAUGAAAGGCAACGUACAUGUACAGCGGGGCGAUCCUUCGGAAUCGAAUAACGGACACACCAAUAAUGGCCAAGAUAAAGCUAAUACUGCCUAAUUUAAAUUCGACAAUAGGCUUAGAGAGCCUGUAACUUAUGAGGAGUAUUAUUUCUCUGAAUAUUAAUAUACUUAAUUAUCAUUAUCCAUUAUAAAAAUAAAUGAUUUAGUUCUAAGAAUUGUAUGUUGAUUUUUUUAUUGAAUUCAAAUUAAAAUACUUUUUUUUUAUUUUCUAA